AUGGCCACCCCUGGUGUGUCCAUGACCCCGGCGAUGGCUGGAACUCCUGCCAUGGCUUUAGCACCGGCGCCCGCACUGGCGUGCAAGGCUUCUGUGGCCCCCUCGCCGGGCCCAGGAACUCCCGGCUCCAUCACCUCGAAGGAAUGGGUCAUCCCACCCCGCCCCAAGCCCGGGCGCAAGCCGGCCACGGACACCCCGCCGACCAAACGCAAGGCUCAGAACCGCGCUGCCCAGCGUGCGUUCCGGGAACGCCGGGCUGCCCGGGUCAGUGAACUCGAAGAGCAAAUGAAGGAAAUCGAAGACAGUCACGAUAUCCAAGUGGCCUCGCUCCAGCAGCAGAUUGGUAACCUCUCCGGGGAGGUGGACCAGUGUCGGGAGGAGAUGAGCUGGUGGCGCGACCGAUGCCACGCCCUGGAGAAAGAGGUGUCGAUCGAGCGAAGCGCAAAGGAAGCCCUCGUCAAGGAAUUCCGCUCCUCUCUUUCAGGCCCCACCGCCAACAAAGUCACUCCCAUCCCUGACUCGGUGCCCUUGCCGCCUCGCAAGACUCGAAGCUCCCGUAUGGAAGGUGUUCAGCCUACUGUCGACCAAAACAAGAACGACGGACAAUCAAAUGUCCCUCUCGGAUGCAACAACUGCUCCAACUCUCACUGCCAAUGCAUUGAAGAUGCAUUCGGCAUGCCAAUCGACACCCACGAGUCCUCCCGUGCAAGCCGACACCCCCCACACGGUGUCGGCAGCCCAGAGCGCGACACCCGCGACCCAGCCAUCAAGCCCGACCCGGAAGAGAUGGAGAUCGACUUCACCGCUCAGUUCUCCGGUGUCCCCGUCGAAUCCCACGAAGAUGUUUCCUCACCCCCCGUCGACCCCUGCGGCUUCUGCCAGGAUGGCACCCCCUGCAUCUGUGCCGAGAUGGCAGCCCAAGAGCAGCAGCGUAACCGCACUUUCGAGGCUAAUCGCCUAGCCCCUAUCCAAUCCAUCUCCCAGUUCACACCUCCUCCCUCUGAAGGAGAUGCCCGCUCAGAAGUCACUCUUCCACCCAUCAGCCAAGCAACAAACCCCUGUGCCAACGGCCCAGGCACCUGCGCCCAGUGUCUUGCCGACCCCCGAAGCACCCUUUUUUGCAAGACGCUGGCAGCCUCCCGGUCAGCGAGCGGAACUCCAUCGGGAGGCUGCUGCGGAGGGGGCGGCAAGGACGGAGGCUGCUGCAAGUCCAAUGCCCCCACCACCACCACGCGUAAGAACACCACCAUGUCUACGCAACCUCCCCCACCCAAGCCCGCUUCGCCCUCAGAGUUAACCCUUUCCUGCGCCGACGCCUUCACCACCCUCUCCCGUCACCCGAACUUCAGUCGCGCCAGCGAUGAGAUCUCUGCCUGGCUGCCCAAGCUCCACACCCUGCCUAAUCCCCGGGAUCUGGCGCCUCCGGACAGCCGUGCUGCUAUGGAGGUUGAGGCUGCAAGCGUCAUGGGCGUUCUGCGGUACUUUGAUCGUCGCUUCGCUGAAAAAUAA